AUGGGAAUUGGCGCGAUGGGAAGAGAAGAGUCUCUCCCGGACAACCAUUGUAUAUCGCUUCCAGUCCCUCGCACCUCUUCGAAUCGUUCUCUGAGUCUUUCUGCGCUCCGAAAAGUGACAAGACCAAGUCGAGCAUCCGGCCUCGUGGACGCAGCGAUCCUCCUGCUUUUCAGGCCCACCGCAUUCCAGCCCGCCUCUCCAAUCCCCGAGAAAGAACCAGUAACACUUGUUCAGAAUGCAUUCCUCAAUUCCCAACCAGACAGCAGCAAAGUCAGCUCGCAUACAAUCAGCAGCGAGCAGAGCAGCCUGCAAGAAGUCUAUGAACAGGCCAAAUUGAGAGGCGUUGCCAUUCAACGAAAGUAUUGGGUUCGGCUUCUGUUUGAAUAUAGCAUCUAUGCAUUCCUUGUGUUAUUCGUUUACUUCAUUCUUGUUGGUAUGCCCCUCUGGAAAGGUGCGGUCUGGUGGCUGUAUUAUGUUGUCCGAACUAAGUUCGUGAUCCCAGGAGGAUACGCAAUUAUCAUUGGUCUGGCUGCACUAUACGCCUUCUGUCCUCUGAUGAUCCUUUUUGAGAAAGAUCCUCCACCCCUGGACUCAGCAUCCAAAUGUCCAUACCUGGAAAGCAACACCUCCUAUGUACAUUCAACUGCUCUCCUCAUCCCCUGUUAUAAAUCAGCCGCCAUCAUCGGCGCAACUCUGGAAGCCGCCUUGAAAAUAUUUCCCAAUGAGAACAUCUUCGUCAUCGCAAAUGGCAACUCCAAAACUCCCGUCGACAACACGGAAGAAGUCUGCAAACCCUACGGGGUCAACCACCUCUGGGUACCUAUUGGCUCCAAAAUCGUGGCGCAGUUCGUCGGCAGUCACGCAGCCCGAGAUCUUGAAAAUGCUCUCCUGAUCGAUGACGACUGCCUCCUGCCCCCAAAUUUCCCCAUCGUCAGCCACAGACUCCAAGGCACUGUCAAAUGUCUUGGGUACACAAUCAAAAGCGUCGGCCCCAAUUCCUCCAAGGGUACAUUCUGUCAACAAGCCCAGGAUCUGGAAUACAAAAUGUCCGGGAUCCAACGGGCUUUUUUUGGGAAAUUCGGCAGCGCUACAUUCCCCCACGGAGCGAUUUGGCUCUGGAAUAUCGAGUUCCUCAAAGAGACCUUCCAUGAACAUCCCGGCUUCUCCGUGUCGGAGGAUUGGUUCUUUGGCGAUGCAUGUCGGCGUCUCGGGGGACGGAUCACGAUGUGUUCGCAGGUCUUUGUCGAAACAGAGACGCCGGCUUCGGUGUUUUACAGUAGUUCCGGUUGUAGUCGUGGUGGCUUUGGGGAGAUGACUGUCCUCCAGCAGCGGUUCAAGCGGUGGAAUUUCUUCUUCGUAAUUGGUGUCUACUACGAUUUAAAGUACAUAUUGACGAGCUGGAAAUUGGGGUGGUGGGAGUUUGGUGCCAAGUUGUUCGUUUUUCAAGAGGUCUACGAAACCCUCAUCUACCUCUUCUCUCCUUUCGUCCUGCCCAUCUCAUUUAUUGUCCGUCCCUCCUUUUGCGGAAUGUUACUCGGUGUCACGAUUGGGAUGUACAUUCUUAACGUGAUCAUCUUCAACGAGGUCCACCUCCGAUUAAAGAAAGAGCGCAUCGACUGGAAAGUGCUGCUGCUCUAUUACACGUUUUACAAGAUCGCUCUGACGUUCAUCAACGUGGUCAGUUGCUACUGGUCGCUGUACAAGUAUGCGCGGUAUUUUGCGCAACGGCACCCGAAAGUCAUUGAAGACCGCGAUGCAGUUGAGGUGUUACUUAAUCUUGAGAAGGAGUCCAAUUCGAGGAGAACAUCGGUGGAAAAUGAUAUUAUUUCGCUUGAUGAUGGCGUUCUGGGGAGGGGCGUUGGGAGGAAAUUGACGCUUACGAAAGUCAAGGCUGGGAAGAGGGAGAGUGAGAAGGAUGGGUGCAUUUGA